UUUAAUAGCUUCUAUGCAACUUAGCCUGCCUACUGAUGAGAGAUGAAGCAGUGACAUGAGCUUUGGAAUUGUAUUAGCAUUGCCAGGAAAAAUCUUCCAUCAGUACCAUUUAAUUUUGGUAUUCUUCUCUCACAACAUGAGGUUAAGAUGCCUGGUUUUUAAAGUUUACAAUUGGACCGUGGAUGAGGUGGUACAGUGGCUGAUUACAUAUGUGGAGCUGCCUCAGUAUGAGGAGACUUUUCGGAAGCUGCAGCUCAGUGGCCAUGCCAUGCCAAGGCUAGCUGUAACCAACACUACCAUGACAGGGACUGUGCUGAAGAUGACAGACCGGAGCCAUCGGCAGAAGCUGCAGUUGAAGGCCCUGGACACAGUGCUCUUUGGGCCUCCUCUAUUGACUCGUCAUAAUCACCUCAAGGACUUCAUGCUGGUGGUGUCUAUUGUCAUUGGUGUGGGUGGCUGCUGGUUUGCCUAUAUCCAAAACCGAUACUCUAAGGAGCACAUGAAGAAGAUGAUGAAGGAUUUGGAAGGGUUACACCGAGCUGAGCAGAGUCUACAUGACCUUCAAGAACGGCUGCAUAAGGCCCAGGAGGAGCACCGCACAGUGGAGGUAGAAAAGGUUCAUUUAGAGAAGAAACUGCGUGAUGAGAUCAACCUUGCCAAGCAGGAAGCCCAGCGCCUGAAAGAGCUGCGGGAGGGUACUGAGAAUGAACGGAGCCGCCAAAAAUAUGCUGAGGAAGAGUUGGAGCAGGUAGGAGAGUCUAUAAAUUCCUAGACACCUCAGGGGUGGGUAGAGGGCAGAGGCCCAGAGUCUGACUGGAAAGUUUCAUGUACGAGGGCUUCAAAAUAUGGCUUAAAGUCUAUCUUCUAGAGUCACUAGGUCCUUACUAAUAAGAGUAGUGGAAGACUGGAGGUAUGGCUUAAGGGGUAGAACGCCUCCUCUGCAAGUGCAAAGCCCUAAGUCAAACCCCACUCCCACAAAAAUAAAGAGUAGCAGAAAAGCUGCCAAUAAUGAUUACCAUGAUUUUCAAAGAACAGUGGAUAACAGGAAAUAAGAGAUAUUUUGUUCCUUUUUUGUUGAAAUACUUACAUAAAAUAUCUAGCUAGUAUACUUUUACAUAUGCCUUUACCUGUGCAACCACCAGCCAGAUAAAGAUACAGAACUUACCAUACCCCAGAAAGUUCAUUUGCCCCUGUACUCAAUAUGUCAUCUAUAAGGUAACUACUAUCACAGCCUCUAAACCAGAUUAGU